UUUGGUCCCUCCAUCUGUCGUUUUUGUCCUGUAGGUUGGUAUCUCCCUACUGAAUUAUGGAACAACCUUUGGAGCUGAGUUGGAAAACCUUGUUCUCUUGGUGAAACCGCCCAAGGCCUAUCUCCCCUUCCCCUCCCUCCUUCCAACUCCUCUUUCACCCUUCCAUUUUUCUGCUGUUUUCAUAACAGGCAAUUGGUCUUUCCUGACUCAUUUUUUCUCAUCUUCCAUCUAUCCAUUUAGGCUGGAAUUCCCUCUCCUCAGAAGUAAGAGGUCUUGCUUUUUUUUUUUUUUUUAUGGUCCUCUAAGGAAGGAUUUUUACAAGUAAGCACUGGAGCUAAGUAGAAUGAUGGGUGCAAAGGCCCAGGUGUCAGAUUACCCAGAAUUUUUAGAGGUCGAUCCCACGGGAAGAUAUGGCAGGUACAAUGAGAUCCUUGGCAGGGGAGCUUCAAAGACAGUUUACAGGGCUUUUGAUGAGUAUGAAGGGAUUGAGGUGGCAUGGAACCAGGUGAAGCUCUAUGACUUCCUUCAGAGUCCUGAGGACCUGGAGAGGCUCUACUGUGAGAUCCACCUCCUCAAGACCCUCAGGCACAAGAACAUCAUGAAGUUCUACACCUCCUGGGUCGACACCUCCAAGAGGAACAUCAAUUUUAUCACCGAGAUGUUCACCUCCGGCACCCUCAGGCAGUACAGGCAGAAGCAUAGGAGGGUGAGCAUCAGGGCAGUGAAGCAUUGGUGCAGGCAGAUCUUGAGGGGCCUCCUCUACCUCCACAGCCAUGACCCCCCCAUCAUUCACAGGGACCUCAAGUGCGACAACAUCUUCAUCAAUGGGAACCAAGGGGAGGUCAAGAUCGGCGACCUCGGCCUCGCCGCCAUCCUCCGGAAGUCGCACGCCGUCCAUUGCGUAGGCACACCGGAAUUCAUGGCCCCCGAGGUGUAUGAGGAGGAAUACAAUGAAUUGGUGGAUAUAUACUCUUUUGGGAUGUGUAUCUUGGAGAUGGUCACCUUCGAGUACCCUUACAGCGAAUGCACGCAUCCGGCGCAGAUCUACAAGAAAGUUAUCUCAGGGACCAAGCCCGAAGCUCUGUAUCGAGUUAAGGAUCCCGAGGUGAGGCAAUUCGUGGAAAAAUGCUUGGCCGCAGCUUCCCGAAGGCUUCCUGCGAGAGAGCUUCUCAAGGACCCAUUUCUCCAAAUCGAUGAUCGCGGUAUGGUCUAUGGAGAGGGAGAAUUGAGCGACAUGGGCCGGAUUGUGAGGCAACCUUCUCUUAAUCUCCUUCUAAGUAGCGAUUCUUCGUACACUAAUGGAUUCUCCAGCAGUCUCCACCGAGAAACAGAGAUAGAAAAUGGGUGGGGCUGCCAUGCUGCUGGCAUGGAAAUCCAUGGAAUGGACCUUUUCAAUAGCCAAGAAGACGAAGCACUGGCUAAUGUAGAUAUCACAAUCAAGGGAAGGAGGGGAGAAGAUGGGGGCAUUUUUCUGAGGCUCAGGAUUGCAGAUAAAGACGGCCGUGUGCGCAACGUAUACUUCCCCUUCGACAUCGAAGCUGAUACUGCAUUGAGUGUUGCGACGGAGAUGGUUGCGGAGUUGGAUAUAACUGAUCAUGAAGUAACUAGAAUAGCAGAAAUGAUCGACGGAGAGGUAGUGUCCCUGGUGCCGGAAUGGAAACCAGGACCUGGAAUAGAAGAAAUGCCAGGAGCUCCUACUGCAAGUUUCUGUCAGAAUUGUGCAUCCAAUGCCUCAUCAUGCGGUUCGCUCAUGGACUACCUUUCACUCAAGUCUCCAGGCUGUGCUAAUGUGCAAUCCAUUCAUUGUUCCAAUCUCGAGUGUGCUGCGAUGCAUGGCCGGUUCGAAGAGAGAACGUACCAAGUCGAGGGAUCUGAGGAUAAUGUGACCGAGGGAGCACCGGUGCUGUCUACCAGCCAAUCGGAUAAUUGCUCCGACGAUGAAGGUGACCAAGCUGAGGAUGAGAGGGUUGAACACAUCAAUGGCUAUCUACAGAGCGAAAGUACGAAGUCGUCGGGCCAUUCGUAUUCUGGUUCCAACCAACAGCAUUGCCUCGAGGUACCGGAAUUAAGAUUCGGCUCUCCUCGACCUGAUAUAUCGGAUGAUUAUGAAAAUGAGAUCCAUCAAGAAUUGAGAUGGCUCAAGGCAAAGUACCAGGCAGAGCUAAGAGAGUACAGGAAUCGACACUUGGGAGAAUCAGGAAGAGCUUUGCAUCCAUCCCCGGAAUUUGGCAACGGGGAAAUGAGAGUGGAGAAUGGUGCUGCAGGUUCCUUGCUCCUUGAACAUUCACAAACUUCAGAAAACAAGACAAUGAAAUCCUUUCAUUUGGGAAUGCAUUUUUCAUUUCACAUCCCUUGUGGCGACGCAGAACCAGGCCCCGGAAAGAAGAGUUUUCCAGCCGAUAGCAAUGAGAGCCGCCCCGUUUUGGGAGCCCGAAGGGCCCGAGAUUGCGAGGCGAAUGCUGAGAGCAGCCCUGAGAUGUUCACAGCAAAGAAUUUCUAUGCGGGAGCUCCUCUGCUUUGCAGAACCAAGUCCCUCCCUGCUGAUGCAGUGGAUGUUUGAUAUCUGCAAGGCAUUCUCAAGAUAAUUCCAUCAUCACUCACUUCGACUGUAUAUUGUUUUUGGCCCGCUACUUGCAUAAGAUUGCGCAGCUCUUCUGCCUCACUGUAUAUGGGUAAUGAAGUGAGUUGAAAUGCGAGGGUGUCUGUAUUCACUCGUGAGCACUAUGUAUCGUUCUUUUACUUCCUAGAAUCGAAGAGAUCAAUUCAGGCAGACUUUGUAUGAUGUGAUGCAACUCCAUGCGGUGUAACUCGAGAAGAUUUACAUGAGAAACGAGAGACAUCUCAUUUCAUCUAGAUUCUAAAUA